CUUUGCUAUAUUAUGUCAAUUUAUUAAAAUCUAUUUUAUAAGUGAUAGUUUAAUAAACUAUUAAAUAUGCAUUCACACGUACUCCCAAAUAAGAGUGAAGAUGAGAUGACUGUAGAAGAAAAAUGGAGAGUGCAACACAUAAAAAUGCACGAACAACAUCAGGGACAUGAAUCUAUGCAUGCAGAAAUGCUUCUUAUUUUACUAGGAACAUUAUUAGUAGCACAAAUUGUAUUAGUUGAAUGGAAGAAAAUACAUUAUAAAUCAUAUCAGCUUGUUACCUUAAUUGCUAUGUGGAUUAUUCCAUUUGGAUUAAGUUUAAAAAAUCAUUGGUGGAGGUUUAUAUUUUUUUGGUUAGUAACAUCUUGUAUAACAGGAUUAAUAGUUAGAAAAGCUGUUCAAAAACCUAUAGCAGGUACAACACCAAGAUUGGUGUAUAAAUGGUUUCUUUUUAUAUAUAAAUUAAGUUAUGUAUUGGGUAUAAUAAGUUACAUUAUAAUGUUAGCCACAUUUUUUGGUUUACAUUUAGUAUUUGAAGUUAAACCACAAAUAUGGAUGGAUUGUGGUUUGCUUUUAUUAUUUUAUGGUUUAUACUUUGGAGUAUUAGGAAGAGAUGUUGCAGAAAUAUGUGCAGAUAAAAUGGCUUCACAUAUUGGGUACUAUGUACCAGGUCAUAUGCCAACAAGGACUUUAGAGCCUGGAGUGUGUGCAGUAUGUGGUAAUAGACUCUUGGUAUCAGAAAAUGAACCUGGUGUUAUUGAAAACACAUACAAACUUAGUUGUGAACAUGUAUUUCAUGAAUUUUGUAUCAGAGGAUGGUGCAUUGUAGGAAAAAAACAAACGUGUCCAUAUUGCAAAGAAAAAGUCGAUUUAAAGAAAAUGUUUUACAAUCCAUGGGAACGACCUCAUGUUUUAUAUGGUCAACUACUAGACUGGAUUAGAUGGUUAGUUGCUUGGCAACCAUUAAUUUUGUUUCUCGUUCAAGGUAUCAAUUGGGGCCUAGGCCUCGAAGUGAAGCAUGGUUUCGACAAUGGAAACAUGAAUGUGAGUGGAAACUUAGACGAGACUGAUAUAAAAAUACUAUAAUUCCUCAACUGUGCAUCCUUCAUUGUUGCAAAGGAUGCGCGUGUACUGUGACAGGUACAAAGUCUAAAGGAGGGAUAUGAAUUUUAUUGGACACGCAAAGAAUCAAAGAUUACGGAUUUGUACAAAAGAGAGAGAGAAAUAAACAAUGACAACUCUGUCAGUGAUGUUACUAAAAGUCUUUAAUUUAAUCUCUCAUCAUUAUUCGUUAGCAAAAAAACAACUUUUAUCACAACACGCAUUCAUAGGUACUUCUUCAGACCUUCGGACUUGUAGCGAGAGCACCUCAGAUACAUUUAUAUCUAUAUAUUUAUAUAAAUAUUUAUUUAUACACUUACGUCUAAAAGCCUCUCGCUAUUGUCAUGGGAAGAAAUUGUACGACAGGUAGAGACAAGAAAGGCGAGGUGUAAGAACAUUUAACGGACGUGUCGUAUAAACGGACCCGAACACGAAUUUUAGAAAUAAAAAAAAAACAAUAUGGAUGACAAAGGAUGUGAAACAAUCGGUUUUGACAGAAUUGGCUAUUGAUGGGUUCAGACGCCACGAAUACGAUGGGAUCGACAGGAUGGGUUAAAGGGCAGACAAUCACAAACACGGGGAAAUUUUAUAGAUAUAUUUAUUGAGUACUUAGCGUGUAAGAGUAUAGAAUAUAUGUUACCUUAUCAAUUAAAUAUCAUUACAUGGUAAUCAUUAUAUAAUGAUGUAGUCUUUAAAAUAAACCUCGCGCGGACAGACUACGCGUGUUGUGUAUGUGUUUUCUUAUUUUUUUUUUUGUGUUGUCGAAGAGAUAUAUUUACAUAAUGAUCGCAAUAAUUAAUAUGUACAAUUCUUCACGAAAGGACAAAACGGAAAAAAUUACAGAAAAACGGACGAACUGCAAUCAGCGCCCGUAAAACGCGGCUCGAAAAGGCGUCCCAUGGAACCUUCCUUCUAAUUGUAUUUAUCCAAUAUUUCGCGCUCGCCAAUUACGAAUCAUCGAAGGAAGGAAUCAUUCUUGUUUUUAAUUCAUUUUUUCUUUUUUGUUUUGUCUUCUUCUUUUUUUUUUUUUUUCAUAUCGUUUUUAAAUCAAUUCUUUCUCAGAUACGAAAGUACGUGUAAAGGGCACUAUUAUUCGAAAUUGAUUGGUUUUUUUUUUCGUGGAUGAUGUGCCUCUUUGUAUAAAAAAUUAUCGCUGCGUUAAUAUUUUGCGGAGAUUUUAAAAAAAUCGUCAAUAUCGAUGUCGCGUAUGUCCGAUUCGCUUGAUUCGCCGAUUUUUUUAUUUCGUCAUGAGCAAUAGAAAAAGCAUCGUCAUUUCGAUUACCAUUUUACGGAAACACGCUAGCCGAGAUUCCUUCACAGUAAUCGAUAAUGUCAAAUUAAAAAAGAAAAAAUAUAUAUAUAUAUAUAAAACGUAUCGAAUUGUUCUAUCAAACGUGUGCAGUUUCAUACAUGCAUAUGUACAAGAAGACACGUAAAAAUCGAUCAUUGUUUCUACGUGUCACGUGGAAAAAAAGAAGAAAAACACAACGAGACACCGAUCACGAACAAAUAUUUUCUCUUGGCCGUUUAUUAUGGCGACACGAAGUCUUUGAGAAAGAAUUCGUUCGCUGUAAAUGAAGAAUAAAGAAACUAUAAAAACGCGCACGAAUUUCCCUUCAGCUAUCAUUUAACAUAACUCGGUUUAUAUAUUAAUUUACUAUAAUAGCUCUCGCUCAUUCUUUCUCACUCACUCACUACAUUCGUCACAUGAACGCUUCUCUUUUUUUACCUUACACACUUUCUCGCUCGUUCCUAUCUCUCCCUCUCUUUCUCUCAUCAGUCACAUUAGAUCUUUUUUCUUUUAGACAUACACGAUAGUUACGAAGUAUUGCUUUCUUUUAGUCGCGUGCCGAUCGCGGUUCGCCUUCCAACCGAGUCACAGCGGACGGUUUCCCGUCGACGGCGAAGAUUCGUGUCGAGCGUAACAAUUAAUUUCGCACUUUGCCACGGGAUAAAGCUUCCGCGAGAAUUUUGCGAUCUCUCUGUAAAAAUUGGGAAGAUCCAUUCAACGAUAGAUGGAUAAAAUCGAAUCAAAUCAAAUUGAAAAAAUUCUUGAGUUCAGGACAAAUUUUGUAAUUGUAUAAUAUAGUUAUAUAAUAUAUAAUAUUUAAAAAAUUAACGUGCUAAUUUCUAGAAGCAUAAUUCUCACGGUGCUGUUUCGCUCAAAGGUGACCAUGCGCUAAGCGUAAAGUUAACUCGAGUACGCAGGACCUUUUUAAACAUAUCAUAUUUCCGUUUCUUCUUUCUCUUAUUCUCUUUCCCCUAUUAUUUCGCGCAUAAACGAAUACACAUAGAAACGUGUCUUUUUCCCUUUCGUGGUAUCUGUCGGCUCCCUCACGAUUUCGAGAGCUUACACAAACCAUUUGGAUUGCAUGCCGAGUAUCUAAAACGCUAUUACAUUGCGAAUGACAGGUAACGGCGAGUUAACGGACAAAUCAGACAAGCGUCGUUUAUGAAUACGUGUCUCUCUUUAAAUAUCGAUACAAUAUUCUCGAGAGGGAAACGAUCGUCAAAAUGUAUAAUGAAAAACAAUGAAAAAAUUAAGAAUUUUUGCUACGCGAAAAGAGACCUGAUGUUGAUCGUAAUGUGCGGUGAGAGUCAAGCCCGGAGUUGCUUAUGGCUCAAUGCUAAAUGACUUCGAAAAGUAGGAAUGAAUGUAAAAACCCGUGUUAAAGUUACGAUAUAUAAAGUUUGUGUAUCGAGGAAAUAUCGAAAAACAGUGGAUCACAGACUGAUAUGCCUCGUGUUACCCCGGGCUUUAUCUCAUCAAUCAGAUUCGAGAAUGAAAAAAAAAAUCGCGAUAACGAUCUAACGACGUACGAAAACGGAGACAAUUCGAAUGGAAAUGGAAUUGUCGCCGCAUUUCGAAAAACGAAACAAAAACAAAAACGGUUUGAAAAUGUUUUGAAUUUCGGACGUGACGAUCGAUCGUUAAGCGAUAAACAAAAGAAUCGUUUUAUAAAUUCGAAAACGCACGUCGUUUAACCAUCACUUUCCGUUACUUCGUAGAAAAAUGCAUUGUUUCUUAGAACGUGGACGCGAAUCUACUAUACUUGCGUGGGUUUGCGACACACUGGCUAUACACAACGGAUAUGUACAGCGGCUUUUUUAUCAAUUUUUUUUUUCAUUUAUUGUUUAAGGUUCACCUAGCACACAAGUCUUAAUACCGUUUUACUAAAAUUCCUCGUUUAACUCGUCUAGUGUACGUUUACUUUGUUAAUUAUGAUUAUGUAUAUUUUUUUUGCUUUAAAUUCAUCCGUACAACUACCUGGAACACAACGUGGUUGAGCGACGUGGCUCGCACGUUGGCUCGCUAUUUCUCUAUUUUACGUUUCUAUUUAUACGUACGUAUUAUAUCGCAUCGUCUCAUUCUCUCAUUUCUUAGCUUUACUUUCUAUGUCAAUUUUUUGUUACUCUCUUUUUUUCUCUCCUCUCCUCCCUUUAUAUUUUGUCUCGUACCAAAACCAUAGAACUUGACUUCUAAAUUUUUAUACGUCUUUUUUUAUUUUUUUUUUUCUCUUUAAUUAUUUCAUUUACUCAAUACCGAUAAACACCGAUGAAUUCAGUUUAUACUCUUAUAAUAGAGAGGAGGUUUUUUUUUUUUUUUUUCUUAAAGAGGUUCUCAUAUCUCGAUGAGGCGCAGGGUUGAUUUCCACGGGACAAUCCCACAGACACACGGUUACAUAGGACAUCUUUGACGACACAAUUCAAAAAAUAAUUUUUCAUUUUUAGUAGAAAGAUAGGCGGGGUAUUUCCGUACAAUAGUAUAUUAUAUUAUAUCGUAUUAAUAUUAUUUCUUUUAUUAGUUAUUACUAUUACCAGUAUUAGUAUUAUCAUAUCAUUAUUACUAUCAUUAUUAUGUUAUUAUUAUUACUUAUAUCGUUA